AAUCGUCCUCCACGCUUCCCCUCAAUGCUUCCCGCCGCCGCCACACGACCCCUUGCCAGGACGGCAACCUUGGCUACUGCCAGGGCGACAUCUGCACUUGCAACACGAUUCCAAUACUCGACUUCCUCCCACCUACAUGGCCAUGCCGGAAACAAGUACGAUCCCGCCAUCCCUGGUGAUGAGACGGGUUUCUUACCCGGCGACAAGAUCACCGGUGAUACCCAAAUCGGAUCAUACCCUAACUUGCCAAUGUACAACCAGCAGUGGCGCGAUGGAAACGCUUCAGCUGGAUACUGGGAUAGACAGGACCGCCGCAACUUCGGCGAAACGGUCCCAGAGGAAGAUGAGGUGCUCAACAUUUGGUCUCCCGAUGUUUGGGCCUUCCCUGCCUCUUUGGGAGUGAAGCGCCUUGCCGCUGCUGCGCUUGCCUUCCUCGGAUUCGGAUACUUGCUUACGGAGACGAGACCCGAGCCCCAUUUCGAACGUCGCAGCUACUCCGAUGGGCUUUUGGACGCUCUUGGAGUCGAUGCUUCGAACGAGGUCAUGGUUGCGAAGAGAGGUGCACGUGUUGCCUCCGAGUAGAGAUGGGUUGAACACAGAAAAUGACACUGCAGGAGAUAUUAUAGUGCGCCCCAACGAAAAUACAAUAAAGACUUGCACGCGAACUCUCGCUGCACGCGACAAAA